AUGACGAAAUCUAAUUCAGCAAAAAAUGAUGUGGUUCUUCCGCCUAAUCUUUAUCAUGAAGAAUAUUGGACAGGUACGAGUUUCCAAAACUGGUCAGUUGAAUCAUUCGAUAUAUUUUGGAUUCAGAAAAACCCGAGUCUAUAUAGAAGACAGGAUCUAGCACAUUCUGCGUUGGGCAACGAAUUGGCGAUUCUCGCCAGAGCAUCUGAUAAAAGAAUAGCGGAUAAGGCAUACUUGUUGAAGAAACAACUUAAUUUUAAGAAUGAAUCAUCACAGAUUAACAAGAUUAUUUGGGAAAGAAGCAAAGAUAUAGCAGAGUCUCAAAUACAUUUAACAUUAAGCGAACUGCAAACCAAGACAAAUAUUGAAACAUCCCUGAUUGAGGAAAUCAACAGUUCCAAAAGAAAAAUACGUCACUUUAAAGACCACGUUUUGGAGCAAACAAAGGGUGAUGAAUAUAGUGAUUUACACGUACCAUCUAGUCCAACACCAUUCUCAUCACUGCAGUUAUUAAAAGAAUAUUCAAUCGCACAAUCAUCUUACUCUUCGAGAUUGUGCUUUAUACUCAAAAGCGGAACAAUUGUAAAAGAUCUUCUGGAUCAUAUACCUCACAAUAGUUUCUGGAGUGGGAAUCAUCUAAUUCUUGAUAAAAGCAAUGGUUGGCUUUUAAAUGGAUAUAUGAAAUUAGAAGACUUUGAGGAGUUGGUGGAAAUUUGUUACUCUCAUGGUGCUGUGGGACUGCCAAUAGAAUUAAAAUUAAUGCUUAAAAAAUUAAUGAAAAAUCAUACGCGAAGUCAUAAAUCGGCAUCAAUUUACUAUUCUCUCAUUGAUCGUUUGGCCCUUCAAUAUUUUCGUACUCUUCGAGCUGGUUCAUCUUCUGAAAGUUCAUUGUUUGCAUUACAUGAAGUUGAUGCAAAUUUACGUGCAAAACAACCAGAUAUUUACUUUCGUGAUGACAUUCUCAAAGUCGAGCCUGGAAAUGUAGAGAUUGCAAAGGAUGGUUUAAUACAAGAUAUAGUUAAAUAUGAUCUUGACACAAACAAGAGCCUUCGGGAAAAUAUAUAUGAAAUCUAUUAUACGUAUGACAAUCUCCCCACCUCAAAAAAGGAAAAAAUUUUUGAGAUGGAUUUUAUAGCCUUUGUAAUCUCUGACAAUCAUAUAGAUACGUAUGUAACUAGAUUGGUUGAUAACCAACUUUAUAUCUCUACCAAGUUGCGAAUGAAUCAAACUGUGGAAACUAUGCGCAAGGCAAAGAUGGAUGAUGCAGAUCCACUGAUUGAUUCACCGAAAAAGUUUACAUAUUUUUACGAUCCUCGUAUUUUACCUUCUGUAAUCUCCAAAAAAAAAUCAAGUGACAAGAAGAAAAAUACUAAGAAAAAUUAA